AUGAAGUUGGAGGAGAAACUUGAGCACACCAAGAGCUCUGUUAGAAGUUGUCAGCCGUGUCUAAAUGACGCGCAUCAGGCGAAUGGAAAACAGAGAGCAAAUGUGAAAGUGGAGGUCUAUGAAAAGCAGGAAGCAAAUGGCAAGGGGAAAUGUCUCAACCUGUACACCUGGGAGGAGAUCCAGAGACACAAUAAGGAGACGGACCAGUGGCUGGUGAUUGAUCGCAAGGUUUACAAUGUGACUGACUGGGCAGGCAAGCAUCCAGGUGGGCAUCGGGUCCUCAACCACUAUGCUGGGGAAGAUGCUACGGAUGCAUUCCGGGCCAUGCACCUUAAUCUCAGUACUGUGCGGCUGUACCUCCAGCCACUGCUCAUUGGAGAACUUUCUCCUGAAGAACCCAGCCAGGAGAAAAACAAAAAUCCACAGUUGGUGGAAGAUUUUCGGCAACUGCGCAAGACAUUAGAGACCAUGAAUAUGUUCAGUGCCAACCUGGGGUUCUUCUUUCUCCACCUUGCCCAGAUCUUGGUUUUGGAAGUCCUAGCAUGGCUAAUACUACGUCAUUUUGGCAGUGGCUGGACUGUUACAAUACUCAUUUCUUUUCUCCUUACAGUUUCUCAGGCUCAAAGUUCGUUUUUACAACAUGACAUAGGACACAAUUCCAUGUUUAAGAAGUCCAAGUGGAACCGCCUGAUGCACAAAUUUGUAAUGUGUCACCUCAAGGGCCUCUCCGCUGACUGGUGGAAUUAUCGACACUUCCAGCAUCAUGUGAAACCAAACAUCUACCCCAAGGAUCCAGACAUAGAUUUGGGCCCACUUUUCCUGGUUGGAGAUACUCAGCCUGUCAAGUAUGGCAAGAAGAAAAUCAAAUACAUUGACUAUGAGAAGCAGCACCUAUACUUCUACAUGGUUGCUCUUCCCCUCCUCAUGCCUGUCUACUUCAAUCUCCAAUCCAUGCAAGUGAUGUACCUUCGAAAGUACUGGGUGGACAUUGCUUGGGUCAGCAGCUUUUACCUUCGGUAUUUCAUCACAUUUGGACCUUUCUAUGGCAUUUUUGGAACGGUGUUGCUCAUAUAUUUGGUCAAGUUUAUUGAGAGCCCCUGGAUUGCCUAUGUUACCCAGAUGAGUCACAUACCAAUGAAAAUGAGCAAGGAUGAGAAUCACGACUGGCUCAGCACUCAGAUUGUGGCCACCUGCAAUAUUGAGCAGUCCUUUUUCAAUGAUUGGUUCACUGGGCACUUGAACUUCCAAAUUGAACAUCACCUCUUCCCAACAAUGCCACGCCAUAAUUAUCACAAAGUGGCACCUCUGGUAAAGUCACUGUGUGCCAAGCACGGAUUGCAGUAUAUAAAUAAGCCCAUAUUGAAGGCAUUUGGAGAUAUUGUCAGGUCCUUAAAGAAGUCUGCUGCACUCUGGAUGGAAGCUUACUAUGAAUGAUGGAGAGUUGUGCACUUAUUGGUGUCUCUAGAGGGGGUGGUGCCCAUGCAAGAGCUUUUGUCUGAUUAACUGAGAAUUAGCUGGCAGUGUUGGCACAGCUGGGAGUGCCAGGAAUGUGAAUCCCAAAGGCACAUGUAAACUUUGAAGAUCUCCUCUGUAACUGAGAGGGGGGAGAAACACAGGUGACUUUGGUCAGACUAAUCAAAGGGAAAUGGUAGCUCACCGUUUCAACGUUUUCAGUAGGAUUUUGGACCUAGUGAAACUGUUAUCACAUGGAGUAUAAGAUGAUGUGGACAUAAAUGGA